CUGACCAAUUGACAAGCAAAACACUUCCUGUUUCUUGUUUUGAUUUAUGCUUCCAAAACAUUAACAUUUGUGGCAAAGGUACAACUCAUUACAGUAUCAGGCGCAUACACCGUUUGGGACGAAUGAGUAACAGGGUCACUUCCACGACGACACUCAUGAGAAAACGUUAAAGAAGUAAAAAGCCAAGCCGGCUCUGACUAUGCGAUUAUCCUGUGUUCUCCUGGCAAAGACGUGAACCCCGAUGUUGCUUAGUCACGGACCAAAGAUUCGGUAGGAGGGAUGCGAGGAGCGCAUCCUAUUGGCUAUGAGAGGAAGCGGCUGUGGUCAACUCGGUAGAACUUUUUUUUCAGUGUACAAACUUGACUGAGAAGCAAUGUCUGAGCAAACCAAGCCCGUGCUCCAUGGAUAUUUCAGAAGCUCUUGCUCAUGGCGGGUGCGCAUUGCUUUCGCCCUGAAGGGUAUGGAAUAUGACCAGGUGCCCGUCAAUCUGAUCAAAGAUGGAGGUCAGCAGCUCACAGAAGACUACAAGACUUUAAACCCAAUGCAGCAAGUACCCGCAGUUGAAAUUGAUGGUGUCACCCUUUCUCAGUCGCUGGCGGUAAUCCAGUACAUUGAUGAAACAAGGCCCGAACCGCGCCUCCUGCCCUUGGACCCCAAAAAGAGGGCUCAGGUUCGGAUGAUAAGUGAUCUCAUAGCUUCUGGGAUUCAACCUCUGCAAAAUCUACACGUGAUCCAAAAGAUUGGCGCAGAGAAGGCGCAGUGGGCGCAAUACUUCAUCAAUCGAGGUUUUGAAGCUCUUGAGCCUCUGCUGAAGCAAACUGCUGGGAAGUAUUGUGUUGGCGAUGAGAUAUCCAUGGCUGACAUCUGUCUGGUCCCACAAGUCUACAAUGCAGAGAGGUUUCAAGUGAACAUGAGCUUGUAUCCAACUAUCCAAAGGCUAAAUCAAACCUUAACGAAGAUUGACGCUUUCCAAGUGAGCCAUCCGUCAUGCCAGCCGGACACACCCGUUGAGCUGCGAGCGUAGGAGAAACUCCGUGCUGCCGCACUUUGUACGCCUUGAAAUAAAACGCUUUGAACAUAA